AUGCCCGACGAUGCCGGCGGCAGGCUCGAAGGCGUCAAGACCAUCGACGGGCUGGUCAGGGUCAGUUACGAGGACGAGCAGAGUCAGUGUUCCAUCGAGGCCCUGACCUUUGACGCCACCGAGGACAACAUCCGCUGCAUUGAGGGUGGCUGCGGCGUCUCCGACAUCACCGACUCUGAGGCCACAGUGACCUGGGGCGGGUGCUGGCUCGUGAACCAGAACUACUACGACCCCAACGUCGCGCUCAAGGACACCGAUUGCAUCCCGAUGAAAGGAACUAUCCGGUUCAAGAGGAACCACGGGGACACGCGGAACUGCGGAUCUGUCCACACGCAGGAGGUCACGCUGCAUAACCAGAACGUGGGCCUGGAUACCAUUCUGAACGGAAGAAAUUUCAUUGGCGGGACUGAGCAAACGUGCAGUACUCUCCACGCAUGA